CUCUAUAUUUACUCUCUUAGAGGUUUCAAAAUUGUUAUCAGCAACACAAAAAAUACCCUUACUUUUAUUGGAAAAAUGCAUCUGAAUUUGUGGUUGUACCAUAUAUUUUGGAGCUACUUCACUAUUUCUGUCAAUAUAACGGCUCAACGCCUUUUCUGAUGAUGGGCAUUUAAUUUCUAUGCUGUACACAGUACUUUCCCCAUCUGGAGAAGCCCACAUUAUAUGAUCAGUCGCAUUUAAUUUUAAACCACACUUAUUUAUUUUUAUUUGUUUAAUUUUCUCUACUUCUUUUAAUACCUGACUUUCUAAAAAUCGCCCCCUUUUCAUAGCUUUUGUGUCCUUUAGUUUGGUUGCUACCAAUAUGUUCUCCGUUAAGGAACCAUUCAGAACUUUACAAUGCCUUGUAUGCCUUAGAAGCUGUGAUUUUUCGAUAUCUUAAUUCAUGCCAUAAUGGACAGUAAUUUUGAUCUUUAGUUGUCAAUUCGGCUUGUUCGCAUACAUCUGUACUCAUCACCAGUUUACAAUAUUCAACAAACUCAAAAGGGCAAGGCUGCAAGUCUUCCUUGCAAGAAUUAAAUGGUGGAUUGACAGUUUCUCUACAUUGUUUGGAGAUUGAUAAAAUUUCAUCAGAUGAUUGCUUGUAUCACCAACAGACAUACAAUUAUUUUUACCACUGACAGAAAUUUGGUGCGGGAUUCAGUUUAGGUGCUUUGCAAAUAUCUUUUGCUUUAAUAAACUUCAAGCUAGUACCCAAUUGAAGAAAGCCUGGAUUUUUUCCAAUAGCACUCAAUGCUUGUACUUGGCGGAUGCUGGCACCCAGUCCAGCGGUCACGGAAAGCUCUUGCUGCGUCGGUUCUCCUCUGGAUUCUCCACUACGGCUGCGUGUUAAUACAAUCUUGCUGGUACUUUAUUCGGCUACGAAGGACCAGAAUGUACGGAUCGGAGGGAUCAGGCUGUGGAUCGUUCCUUGACGCACCCGUAACGUGGUAACCCCUUGAGCAGUGGACUGUAUGUGUGUUGAAAUGAAUAACUCUUGCACUGAUUUUAAACAAUACUUCAAUAUACUGACUUUAUGUAGGUACAAUAAUGUUAACACGUAGUGGACUGAUUUAAGCGACUAAUAAAUCAACUUAACACUGACGAUACGUUACAUAGGGUGGUAGAACCAAUUUUAUAUCGGCCAUGUCAACAUUUUUCUUUUCUUUCUUCUUUAGCCACAUCCAUAUAAUUUCGCACACGAUGAACUGUACACUUUAAGUGGAACCAUUUGGGACAUAUGUCGCAUCCAAUAUUUUUAUCUGCAUCUUCUUCGACGUCGCUUAUUAGUUCUUCUUCACAGCCAGCACAUUGAAUUUUCUCCUUUUCCAUAUCUCUUUUGUCUUGAUAAUACAAAUCAGUCGGUUUCGUUUUGCGACUGCUGUCCUUGAAUAGGCUCUUCUAUAUUACUUUUGUUUUCUUAUAAGACAUUCCGAUGAUUUAUUAUGAUUUUGAAUUUCUACUACAGCUUCAAUAUUUUGGAACGACUUGCCGCUUUUACAAAGGUUCCCAUAGUUGAUUAGGUCGGAUACUGUUACAUCACUAAUUUAGUAUCAUUCGUUCAUGUCAUUACCCCGUCACUAUGGUCUGAGGUCAACGACCACUGUCGUUCUAGUGUGUGUCGAGUGCAGUCGCACCUACUAAUAUAGUAAAUAAUUAACAUUGUAAAAUAAUGUAAAAUACAAGUCAUCUCACAUCAAGUCGUUUAAUUUAAUAAACACAAUAACAAUACAUGGUGUCAGAAGUGAAAGUAACAACGAAAUAAAGAAGAUUCGUUUGUUAACGGAAAAUUUUAAAAACAAAAUGUCUACCGAAGACGUCGGCGACACGAGGUGCCGUGUGGCCGGUCUGGAGUGUCUUAAGUUGUCGUCGGAGGCAACCGCGAACAACGCGGAGGCGUGGAGGAAAUGGUGGCAGCGACUGGAGCUGUAUCUGCUGGCAUCAGGUCUAGACAGGUCGGAGGAGAAGCGGAAGGUGGCCAUUCUGCUCCACAGUAUUGGCCCUAAAGGUCUAGAAAUCUUCAAUACAUUUAACAUCAGCCUGGAUCAAGCCAAAAUAGAGGACGUCAAGGCCAAAUUCGACCUGUACUUUGAGCCACGGAAAAAUCUUACCAUGUGCAGGUACAUAUUUUUCACGAGGAGGCAAGCUCAAUCUGAGAGCAUCGACGAUUUUAUCACCGAUCUGGAGAUAAAGAGCCAGGAUUGCGAGUUCGGAACCCUGCGCGAGUCCAUGAUCCGGGAUAUUUUCAUCGCCAACCUGCACAUGGAUUUGUCACACAUCCGGCAAAGGCUGUUGCAAGAGCCCAACCUCACCUAUGAGAGGAUGCGAGAGUUGGCGAAAACCCUAAUUGUCGCACAGCAGGAUGCAGACAAGAUGACAAACAAGUCCAUCGUCGAAGACGGCGAGAAGGUGAUGCAACUGCGUCAAAGGAGCGGCGGUCGACGAGUCUGUCGACAGCGUGCUUCAAGUCAAACGCCACAUCGGGCCACGUGGAAGUCUCCCAGUCCGAUGAGGCAGUCAGCAUCAACGUGUGGUCGCUGUGGGCAGUCUCAUCGAACGAAGUGCCCAGCGAUCGGAGUACAAUGCAGGUCAUGUAACUCAUUUGGUCAUUAUGCUAAGUUUUGCUAUAAGAAUAAACAAGUCAGACAGUUGCAUUCAUCAACUUCCACAAAGUCGAUACAAAAUGAUAAUAACUUUGUAGGAAUUUUAAACAGUCAGUCGAGUCAAAAUCAUCUUAGUCAUUUACAUAAACAGUCACACAGUCAGCCACAAACACAGUCAUACAGUCAGCCACAAAAACAGUCAAAAAGUCAGUCAUAUAGUCAAACACCAGUCAAAUCGCACUCACACACAAGUCAAACAAGUCAAAUUUGUCUAAACAAAAAUAGUCCAAGUCUAGGUAAUCUCCAUGAUGACAAUGCUUAUUGCACUGAGAGAUUACACCGUCAUAAUAAAAACAGUCUUACAAGUCAAAGUUAUAAUAAAAAUAGUCCUAUAAGUCAAAUAAGUCGAAAUAAAAAUAGUCAAAGUGAGCAUUAUUAUCAUUGCUACACUAAUAAAAGUCAGUCCGUCAGUCGCAAGACAAUAAAUAACAAUAAAAACAGUCAUAGUCUAGGUCAAGGACAUGUUAAUUAUAAUAAGUCUUAUAAGAAUAGUCAGUCCGUCAAUAAGUCACAUAAUACACACUUCCAAAACAUUCAUCACCACAAGUACACUAAGAAGUCACAUCAUUGUCAGUCAAAUGUAAGUAAUACAGCAUCAGAAACAAAUAAUCACAACAUGCAUUCAAAUAUACCAAACGUAGCAUCUCAUCUAAAUAAUUUAAAUCAACAAAUUAGUCAUGUCAAGGGUAAUUCAGUUUCAGAAAAUCAUUAUUCAGGUAGUUCAUGGAAAAUAAACUUACAUGUGGGUAACCGAAAAAUAAAUUGUGUCAUAGACUCAGGCGCAGAUGUAAACGUCAUAUCUGUCAAAAACUUCAAAUUUCUUAAUCUGUCAAAGUCACAAAUUGAUAAAUGUCAUGUAAAUGUCACAGGAUUUGGUGGCAAUAACAUUCCAAUUCUAGGCAAAGUAAAUUUAAAAUGCAAUUUAAACAUAGAAAAUAGAAAUAUUUGUGAAAAUAUAGUGUUCAUUGUAGCAAAUAUACUCUGUCCAACUGUCUUAGGUCUUCCCACUUGUGAAAAAUUAGGGUCUUGGAUGUCUACCCCCAGUCUGUCAUCUGAAACUCAAGCCUGGUGCAGUUCCGUGUAUCGAUCCGCCAAGGAAAGUUCCGUUUGCGUUGCAAGGAAAACUGCGCGAGGAAUUGGAUCGCAUGGAGCAAAUGCAAGUCAUACAAAAAGUCACAAAACCAACUGAAUGGGUAAAUUCUGUGGUAGUCACUGUCAAAAGUUCAGGUCAAUUAAGAAUAUGCUUAGAUCCUAGAAACUUAAAUAAUUGUAUAAUGAGAGAACAUUAUCCGUUAAAGUCUAUUGAUGAGAUAAGGUCACAGUUAAAAGG